UCCCCAGGCCGCCGGACGGCGUGGGCAUGCGCACACCGGAGGCCCCGCCCCGUUUGCCUCCGGAAGUGCUUCCUUAGCCCGCGGCGCGCGUGCGCAGGACGAAGUCGUGGCGGUCCCGGUGGCGGCUGAAAAGACAACGGUUGCGUCCCAGUCUGAUCAAGCCCCAAGGCCUUCACCAUGGACUUCCAGCAUCGCCCCGGGGGCAAGACCGGGAGCGGGGGCGUGGCCUCCUCCUCCGAGAGCAACCGCGACCGCAGGGAGCGCCUCCGGCAGCUGGCGCUGGAGACCAUUGACAUCAACAAGGACCCCUACUUCAUGAAAAACCACCUGGGCUCGUACGAGUGCAAGCUGUGCCUGACGCUCCACAACAAUGAGGGCAGUUACCUCGCGCACACCCAGGGCAAGAAGCAUCAGACCAACUUGGCCCGGCGAGCAGCCAAGGAGGCCAAGGAGGCCCCCGCCCAGCCGGCGCCGGAGAAGGUCAAGGUGGAGGUGAAGAAGUUUGUGAAGAUCGGCCGCCCGGGCUACAAAGUGACCAAGCAGAGGGACACGGAGAUGGGCCAGCAGAGCCUCCUCUUCCAGAUUGACUACCCAGAGAUCGCCGAGGGCAUCAUGCCACGCCACCGCUUCAUGUCCGCCUACGAGCAGAGGAUCGAGCCUCCGGACCGGCGCUGGCAGUACCUGCUGAUGGCCGCCGAGCCCUACGAGACCAUCGCCUUCAAGGUGCCCAGCAGGGAGAUUGACAAGGCUGAAGGCAAGUUUUGGACUCACUGGAACCGGGAGACCAAGCAGUUUUUUCUCCAGUUCCACUUUAAGAUGGAGAAGCCACCGGCACCGCCGAGCCUCCCGGCCGGGCCUCCUGGAGUGAAGCGGCCCCCGCCCCCGCUGAUGAAUGGCUUGCCCCCUCGGCCACCACUGCCUGAGUCCUUGCCCCCACCCCCACCCGGAGGCCUGCCUCUGCCACCCAUGCCGCCUAGUGGGCCUGCACCUUCGGGCCCCCCGGGCCCCCCCCAGCUGCCCCCGCCNGCCCCCGGGGUCCCCCCGCCGGCACCCGUGGUCCACCCCCCAGCAUCUGGGGUCCACCCUCCUGCUCCCGGGGUCCACCCUCCGGCCCCAGGAGUCCACCCUCCGGCCCCAGGGGUCCACCCACCGGCCCCAGGAGUCCAUCCUCCCCCAUCUGCUGGGGUCCACCCCCCAGCCCCCGGGGUGCACCCACCAGCUCCUGCGGUCCACCCCCAGGCCCCGGGGGUCCAUCCAGCAGCUCCUGGGGUCCACCCCCCAGCCCCAGGGAUCCACCCCCAGCCUCCUGGGGUCCACCCUCCCCCUCCUGGGGUCCAUCCUCCAGCUCCUGGGGUCCACCCCCAGCCUCCUGGAGUUCACCCCUCCAAUCCCGGGGUCCACCCCCCGACUCCCAUGCCCCCAAUGCUGAGGCCCCCACUGCCCUCCGAAGGUCCUGGGAGCAUUCCUCCCCCUCCCCCUGCCAACUGAAAAGCUGCCCCGUCCUGGCACGUCUGGUUCUGAUUCCUGUAUUUUCCCCUGGAGUGAAGUCCGUGCUUCUGUACGGGGCUGAGCCGUGUCCCCAAAACGCAUUAAACAGCUUUCCUGA